AUUUCUGCCACUUCGCUGUAACUACGUAUGAAAGCUGUGAACAAAACAUAAAAUCAAACAGUCGCACUGUAUUGUGGGAGAGGAAGUGCAGACCACGUUGUAAGGGAAGAAGAACAGCAUGGCAGCCUCCAGCAAACGAAAACUUGCCGAUCUUAAUGUUGAUGAAUUUCUGACUACAGCUUUUGACUCUGAGGGAAAUGAAGGUUCAGAGGAGGAAGCUCAAGCGUCAGUUAAUGGAGGAAGAAAGGAAAGAAAAACGCAAAAACUCAAAAAGAAAAAAAUGAAAAAGACAGAAACUGAAGAGAAGAAAGGAAAAAAGAAAAAAGGCAAAGCUUCAGAGCACAAGAACCAGCUAUCUCGCCUUAAAGAGAAAGAUCCCGAGUUCUACAAGUUCCUGGAGAAAAAUGAUGAGACAUUGCUCAACUUUGAUGACUCUGACAGCUCUGAUGGAGAGAGUGGAGUUCACCAGCCGCCAGACCAGCUUGAGGAAAUGAGUGGUUCUGAAGAAGAAGUGGAGAAAGAAGAGGAAGCCCCAAGAAAACCUAAGAAACAUGAGCAGGUCAUGGUCACCAUGAAGAUGGUGGAGCAAUGGAAAUCGGAAGCCAAGGUUGAUUUAAGGCCGAGGUUGUUCCAUGCGAUUGCUCAGGCUUUCAAAGCAGCUGUAGCUACUACACUUGGUGAGGAAGGAGAAGAUCCCAGCAAGUUCAAGGUCGCUGACAGUGCAGUGUUCAAUGCACUAGUGUCAUUUUGUAUCCGGGAUUUGUUUGUUCAUCUGGAAAAGAAACUUGAUUUAAAGCCUGCUAAGGGGACCAAGUUAGUGAAUCCCUCCAGCAGCACCCUUUGGAAAAAGCUUCGCUUAGACAUUAAAAUGUAUAUGAAUUCUGUAAUCCAGCUUGUAACCUGUCUGACCGAGGCCUCUGUGGUAGCUGCUGUACUUCAACACGUGAAUGUGACGGUGCAUUUUUAUCUGUCCUUUCCUAAGCAAACCAGGCAGCUACUAAAGCACACAAUUACACUGUGGAGCACAGGGGAAGAGACUGUCAGAGUGUUGGCUUUUUUGGUACUGAAUAAAAUCUGCAGGUACAGACAAGACACGUACCUCAACCCAGUUCUUAAGAAGAUGUACAUCUCUUAUGUAAAGAAUUCCAAAUUUACAUCACCCAAUGCUCUUCCAAUGAUAAACUUCAUGCAGCGCACUCUAACUGAGAUGUACUCACUGGAUGUUCAGGCUUCAUAUCAGCACAUCUUCAUAUAUAUACGGCAGCUGGCCAUCCACUUGCGGAGCGCCAUGACACUCAAAAAGAAGGGGGCUUAUCAGUCUGUGUAUAACUGGCAGUACAUCCACUGCUUGUACCUCUGGUGUCGUGUGCUGAGUACCAUCCAUCCUAAUGAGGUGCUGGAGCCUCUAAUUUAUCCUCUUGCACAAGUCAUCACUGGCUGCAUUGGGCUUGUUCCAACAGUGAGGUACAUCCCGCUCCGGAUUCAUUGUGUUCGAGCAUUGACGUUGCUGUCAGAAAGUACAGGUGUUUUUAUUCCAGUUUUACCAUUCAUUCUAGAGAUUUUUCAAAUGGUGAAUUUUAACAAGAAGCCAGGUCGGAUUAGUGUGAAGCCCAUUAACUUUGCUGUGAUCCUGAAGCUAUCCAACACCAACCUGCAAGAGAAAGUCUUCAGGGAUGGAGUCAUUGACCAAAUCUAUGACCAGAUACUGGAAUAUCUGCACACACAAGCCCAUGUUAUUGGAUUCCCAGAACUGGCGUUGCCUUGUGUUCUUCAGCUGAAAUCUUUUCUGAAGGAAUGUAAGAUUUCCAAUUACUGCAAACAGAUGCGCCAGCUGCUGGAGAAGGUACAAGAGAACUCUGCUUAUAUCGCAAGCAGAAGGCAGAAGUGUUCCUUUGGGGUGUCUGACAGAGAAGCUGUGGUAAAUUGGGAGACGCAGACAAAAGCAGAAGGAACUCCGAUGUCAAAAUAUUACAGUCAGUGGAAAAAACUAAGAGAAAAGGAAAUACAGUUGGAGAUCAGUGGAAAGGAAAGGAUGGAGGAUCUGAACCUCCCUACAAUAAAGAGGAGGACAGAAAAGAAGGAAGAAGACAAGAGAGAAUUCAAAGAUCUCUUUGACACAGACAGUGAAUCAGAAAGUGGCGGUGGUUUUUCACUCAAAGGCAAAUCUAAAGCAAAGAAAACUGACAAUUCCUCAGAUGACAGUGAUGAGCUGAGCAGCGAUGAAGAGGAGGGCGAGUAUGAGGUGGAAGAUGACGAGAGCAGUGAACCUGAAGGGGAAUCGCAAGAUGAAGACGAGGAGGAGGGAGGAAAAGUUGGAGCCCACAAAAAGCAGAAGGGGGCGCAGAGCUUCACACCGACCGACCUGAAGGAGCUUGCCAAGGGGGAAGAAGAUAUUGUGCAGGAUCUUGAAUUCUCAGACGAUGAGUAAACAUGCUGAGACUGAUAACCCUUCUGCUGCUGGAUUGACACCCAUGGCUGUUUUAUGUCUGAAAUUCAUGGUUGCUCUACAAAUAUUAAAAAAAUAGCAACAUUUAACACUGGUGUGCGUCUUCUCCAUCAGCAAACAUAGGGCACAAGGGAUAGCAUUGCAAGAUUUCCAGCAGAAAUAUAAACUAUCCCUUUAGUAACAAAAGUUAGUCCAUUCUCCUGGGACAUUUGGACAACUGCAGAUCUCUGUCCUACACAAUUUAUUCCUAUACCAAUUUUUGUUCCUGAUGCCAAAAUCUCAGCACACAGAAUGAAAAAAGAUGGUUGCACUUGGGGAGAGAAAAACCCAAAAUUGUAGACAAAAGACUUAUUUUAUUUUUAAGGAUGAUAUUGAAGUGAAUGGUUGUUCUUGUUAAAAAUCAGUAGCAAUAGCGCAUGACUUUCCUAAUAUAUUUAUUCUCGAGUUUGAGAAUAAAAUUCCUAAAUCUGUUUUGCAAUUGAAGGGACAGUAAAGUCAAAAUUAAACUUUCACGAUUCAGAUAGAGCAUGCAGGGGGUGUUAAUAAACCCAAUCGUAUUCGAUCGGGUUGAUUUCUGUCUGUGGCCUCUUUAGACGGUUGCUUCAUAACUUCUGUUUCCGGCGAGCCUGAAGGCUCGCGCAGAAACGGGCAUCAAGCUCCGUAUGGAGCUUGAUAAAUCGGCCCCAUGCACACUCCUGAGCCUACCUAUUUUUACUCUUCAAUAAAAGAUAUCAAGAGAAAGAAUCAAAUUUGAUAAGACAUUAAUUGGAAAGUUGUUUAAAAUUGCAUGCUCUAUCUGAAUCAUGAAUGUUUAAUUUUGAGUUUACUGUCCCUUUAAUUUUCAGUACUUUGAAAGUACUUAGUUCCCCACUACAUUUAUCAACCAUGCACUCCGUUCUAUGCAGGUCCUGUAAAUCUGUACAAUUUGAAAAUAUUUUUUUCAUAUAGAAAGAGUGUAAAGAUUUUUACUGUCAUUGCUGUAUGAUAAAUAGUAAGGUUUCAAAGCUUUUUUUAAUGGAAAAAAAAGAGAUUUCUGAUUUUUUAAAACAUCCUUUUAAAUGUAUGAAAGAAAAUGGACGGCUUCUCUAAUUCCACAACACGUUUCUGUAUAAUGCCGUCAGUAUACUUGAAUGUUUGUUAGUAAUUAUUCGUCCAUCUUAGAAGUACAUUUGUUGCAUGGCCUUGAAAUAUCUUUCUAUUUGUUGCUGUUGGCCUUUUUGAGAUCAGAAUUCUGCCAGAAUCUAUAUUGAAUAUGAUGUUCACUGUUUAAUACAAAUAUGACUUUUCUUGG